UCUACCAUAUCUCUGUUAUUACUCACAUUAAAAUAAAAGUUAAAUCGACAGACAAGAUACUUGACUGUAUUCAAAACAAAUGAAGGCUGGUUAUACAUAUUUAUCUUCCUAGUAGAUUAUCAAUGUUUGGUUAAUGUUUUUCUACGCCAAAUAUUAAUUGUGUGGGUUAUAUUUGAACAGUUAGUUAUGGCGACAACAAAAAAAGCAUGGAAACUUCAGGACUUCACUGCCCAUGUAGCAGAUGUCAAAAGUCUUGGUUUGGGUCACAAAUCAGGACGUGUCAUGGUGAGUGGUGGAGAGGAUAGGAAGGUCAACCUUUGGUCAGUGGGAAAGCCAAACUGCAUAAUGAGUUUAACAGGCCACACCACCAGUAUUGAGUCUGUGAGAUUUGGUCAGGACGAAGAACUCGUGGUUGCUGGAUCUCUUUCAGGAGCUUUAAAAGUUUGGGACUUGGAGCAGGCAAAAAUAUUGCGAACAUUAACAGGCCAUAAAUCUGGAAUCAAGUCAUUAGACUUUCAUCCUUAUGGAAACUAUGUGGCCUCUGGAUCCAUGGACACCAAUGUGAAAUUAUGGGAUAUUCGAAGAAAAGGUUGCAUUUAUACAUACAAGAGCCACACAAAUGUUGUGAACUGUUUAAGGUUUACUCCAGAUGGGCAGUGGAUAGCAUCAGCCAGUGAUGAUCACACUAUUAAGAUCUGGGAUUUAACAGCAGGAAAACUUCUAACAGAGCUAAAACUUCACAGAGGGCCAGUCAAUAUUGUAGAGUUCCAUCCAUCUGAUCUCCUCCUGGCUUCAGGCAGCAGUGAUAAAACUGUUAAGUUUUGGGACCUUGAAACAUUCCAGUGUAUAACAACAUCUGAAGCUGACAAAUCACCUAUUCGGAGUGUAUGUUUCCACCCCGAAGGAUCUUGUUUGUACAGUGCCUCCGGUGACAGUUUGAAAGUUUACGGCUGGGAGCCUUUGGUGUGCCAUGAUGUGGUUCCCAUAGCCUGGUCAGAUGUAGCAGACAUGGCCAUAGCUAACUCACAGCUGAUUGCUGCUUCUUAUUGCAAGACGAACGUCUCCACUUAUGUUGUAGAUUUAAAUAAAGUAUCCCCCACAGGAACAGCCAGUAGAUCUGAAGAAACAAAACCUCAAAGAAUAACCAGUUCGGGUGGCAGAAGAAGUUUUAUAACAGAGCGACCGCCAACAUCUUCUUCACGAGAACAGAAUGAACCCAAACGAUCAGACACACCUCCAGAUAACAAAGGACCAGACACCCCACCUGACAGAAAUGAUAACACAGAAGAUGACAACUCCACAUCUGCCGCAGACAUUCAGAAUCAAGAUGACUAUUGGCGACUGUUUAAAGAAAAUGCAAAAAAUCCCAAUGUGAGAGCAAGAGUGGAACCCUUUCAGCCCCCACCAGAAGAUGACAUUCCAGAGCCUGUUAAAGUCAGCUCAGCAUCCUCUGCCAGAAAGGAAGUGUCCCCCAGAAGUAAACCAGCUGUACAUAAACCCCCAGCUAGAGAGGUGGUUCAAAGUUCUGUGCAGGCUACAGAUUUCUUACCUAAACAGAAGGCUUCCAGUGAACAGAAGGAAACAGAUGUUAUCGAUAUGCUAUCAAAGGGACAUAACACAAUGGUCACAGUUUUACAUCAGAGGAGUCGAAAUCUACAGGUGGUUCGAGCUAUGUGGACUUCAGGGAAUACAAAGACAGCCAUAGAUUCAGCCAUCUCAAUGAAAGACCCUGCUGUUAUGGUGGAUCUGCUCAACAUCAUUAACUCAAGAGCAUCACUUUGGAAUCUAGACCUGUGUUGUUUGUUGUUGCCUGAACUCAAAGACACCAUGGGUAGUAAAUAUGAGAGCCAUGUCAUCACAGCUGCUACUUCUGUCAAGCUAAUAUUGAAAAACUUUGGACCAGUUAUAAAAACCAAUAUGGAGGAGCCACCUUCAUCAUUUGUAGAUAUCUCAAGGGAGGAAAGACACAAGAAAUGCUUGGCCUGCCAUACAAUCCUAAGCUCCAUCAAAAGUUUAAUUCAUUCAUCGCACACCAACGUCACAGCCAAAGUUUCUAGUGUCUUUAGAGAAAUAAUGCUAUUAAUGACAGGGGUGAUUGACUGAUGUUUACUGUGCUCCUAUGUGACCAAGUUGUUUUUGUUUGUGGUAACUCACAGUGUAAUUGCCUAACAAUCUACCAGAGUUAAUCCCCUUUAAUUUCUGAAAGGGAAAUAAUGCUGUGAAAAAUGAGGAUUGUGUGAAAACUAGAAAAUAAUGCAAGCUUAACUCGUACUGCAAAGGAAAUAUUUUCCAUAAAUAUGUAUUUCAUGCCUACACCCUUUAAAGGAUUCUAAAAACCUUUAUUGCAAUGCAAGUGUGAAUUGUUUAUAUAAAUAAAAUGUUAUAUAUAUAUAUACUUAUAUAUUUAAACAUUACCUAAUGUAUUAAUUAUAUUUCACUGCAGCAUGUGUAGUGAUAGCUAAAUUGCAGUAACUAUGGUAACAAGUUUAUCAGCACUUCCAUGAUUUAUUUGAUGACUCAUACUUGCAUUCACAUGACUCAACAUUUUCUAGGUUUUAUAAAAUGCUUUAAAAUCUUCAACACUAUUUAUUUUUUGCAAAUAUAGGUGUACUGUUAAAUAAUGAUGACACUUUACAAUUAAAUUUGUAAGUAGAAUCUAAUGCUAGUUAAUUAGUAAAAAAUGACUUCCUGCAAUUUUACAUUUAACAAAUUGAUUUGAUUUCUAUACGAUCAAGUGUUCUUUUUAACAAUACCUUGGUUUAAAAAAGUUCAUUUAAAGGUGUUUAGACAUAGUCUUGGCUUGUGCCAUUUUAUAGGAUUUUCCUUGUGGUGUUGGAUCCACAAAAUAAUUUUUUUAUCAUGAUUAUGUCCAAUUUUUCUAAGGAUCAUGCAGUAGGCUUGUAUUCAUCAACCUUUGUUAAAUUCACUGCAUGAGUAUUGAAACUGGUGCUUUAAACAACAGUAAUAUAUUCUAGAAAAAAACUAUUGCAAACAUUUGCCUUGACUAAUAUGGGAACAGGAUCCAUCAAUCUAUUCAUACAACUUUAAAGGUCUGACCAUGAAAACAACUGUCCUUACAAUCUUUUAUGACCUUUGUCUUUCAGCCUGACCAUAUAUUUUUCCUUUGAGAAUUUUAAUUUUACAUCCAAGAUUUUGUAACAUUUAAAACAAAAAAAAAACAAUCAUGAGAUGUAUCAAAACAUAAUAUAAACAAGUCGUGUUAAAUCCCCAACUCAGAACUACAAGGCUCAACUUGAUGCAUUUUAUGAUGCAUUUUAUAAUAGGCUUUUUAUGACCUUGUCAUUCUAGGGUUGUUAAAUAAGGCUGUUAUUUCCGUGUGGUUGUGUACUUAUCUGUGUAACGAAUUCUAGGAAAAAAAAAUAUCAUAAGACAAUGCUGGAUGUGUCCAGACUCCAAACCCCAAGACUUGUUACCCUGGAAAUUUUGAUUAUGUUUUUUCACAUCCUUUUUUUAUUAGUUAUUUGCAUCGUCCAAUAUUUUAUUUUUUUGGUGAUAUCUAAAGGAAUGUUUAAUGUUGAAAUAGAUUCUCAUUUACUGCUGCACUACUAGUAUUUGUUUAUAACACCAUCAAGAUAAUUAUUUAAUAGAUCAAUAGAAUGCAUACUUUUUUUUUUAGAUUUACCAUGUUUUUUCAAAAUAAAUAUAUAAAAUGAGAAUUUAUUUUAUUGGUCGAAUUAAAAAUAAAAAAACAAUUGAAUGUUGUUCAAGUUUCAGGGUACAGCUGUAGUGUUUGAAUUAAAAAAAAAUAAAAUAACACUCACAAUUUCAGAUCAUUAAGAGGCUAUUUUUAAAAAAAGUCUGUUUCAAAAAGUCUGGUUUUCAUCUUUUGGAACCCUUUUUUUUCUUUGCAUUUACCGUCCAGUGUCAGGGAUAAAAAAAAUUGUCAUCUUUGGCAUUUUAAUUUCAGUAGUGCAAGUGAAAUUUUAAACAUGCACAUUAUUUUUUUACCAUAGUCUUAUAAAGAAAUCUUUAGAAAUAUUUUAAGUUUGUGAAUUCAACAGAUUUAAAAUUUUCACCUACUUGGAUGCAUUUCUGUAAUGUAUGGAAAUGAGAAAUUAUCUCCCUUUUUAGUUGUCAUUUUUCACAUUCAGCUUAGUUUAUUUUAGAAAAAUCUAUGAUUUGUUUCGUAGUUUCAAUUCACUGAAUAUAAUAGCUAUGGUUUAUUUAAAACUCUGAUUAAUUUUUGACUGCUAGAACUAGAACAAAUUCAUGUGGGUGUGUGUUGUGAACAUGUAUUUAAGCUUGAGCACUGUAUAUUAUGGAUGUUUGUAAGCUUAUUUUAUCUGUACAUAGUUUUGAUCUGAAUGAAAUUUAUACUUGAAAAGUUACCUCCCCCUUUCCCUCAUAAUUUUGAUCAUUUUUUAAAGAAAUAAAAUGUUGACAAUUUA